AUUCUUUUCUCGUGCAAGCAUAUGAAAUGCAGCAUGAGUGGUCAUUUCUUUGCAAUGCUCACCUACCAGCUUGUGACCAAUUUUCCAAGUGUGCGGAAGGAUGUGAACAGGGCUAUCCACAAGAAUCCUGCAGUUCUGGACUCCUGCAAGUCUCUCUGUGACCAGAUAGAGGUGUUAUUUCACCAACCUCUCUGGCACUUGCAAUACAGGCUGUGCGAGUGUCUGCCUCUGGUGUUUGUUGUUGAUGCCCUUGACGAA